CUCAGCUUCAAUGCUUACUCACAAUAAUAAUAAUUAUGCAUUAAACUGUGAGAAUAAGAAGGAAAAAGUGAAUUAGAUCUGAAAAUAAUUAUAUUAAUUAUGUUCUAAAUUAGUCAGCCAAUUAUUUACAUUCAGAUUUUCUUCACUGAACUCGUCAGCUUUCUAUGUUUAGCUUUUCGCUGCUUAAAGACUUGUUUGUCUUGCUCACUGUUUUUGCCGUGGUUGUUGAUGUUGUUGUCAUUGUUGCUGCUGCAAGUGUAAGUUACUCAAAGAGCUGUUUAACCUGAUUAUGUUUGCCUCUGUUUCGCAUUCAUUCACCAAACACCAAACUGACAACAACAAAAACAACCACAACAACAGCGAUUGCCAUGAUGCAGCACAAAUGCAAAAUUGAAACAAAUUGCAGCCAAUUCACGGGAUAACCAAGCUCAUUAAGCAGAGCUUUGGCUGUCUGUGGAAAAGAGAUCAAGAGCCUUUACAUUUGCCCAAACCCUGAGUUGUCCAAGAGGAAAUGCAUUCAGUGAAUGCGCCAAUAUGGAAAUGCAAUAAAAAAUAUAGAGCACAUGGGCGAGCAUAGGAAACAGAAAUUAGCACAAGUCGACAGCAACCGAAAACGAGAACUGAGAGAGAGAGAGAGAGAGAGAAAAGCUGAUCGGGCCACCAAUGCAGCAAAGCAUCUAAGCUGGCUUGGACAGCUGGGAGCUGGUGACCGAAGCCGAAGCUGGAGCCGGCUGCACACUUAACGUUGAGCAACGCAACGGAGCGCACGCGCAAAUGCGAAACGCAGUUAAAGCAGCUGAAGCUGUGAGCCAAAUAGCAUUAGCAUUAGCAUUGGCAUUGACAUUGGCAUUAGCAUUAACAUUGGCCAUGGCAUGGCCAAUCAUUACCGCGCUGCCCCUGCUGCGGCUAAGCAAGUGUAUUAAAAUUGUUAGCUUAUUACGAUGUUCGACCAAAAAGAAAGUUAUUAAGCUUGCUGGACGAGCCGGUUGCUGUGAAGCUGCUGCGGCUGGUGCUGCUGUUGCUGCUGCUGUUGACGGUGCUAUUAGUUGUUGUAACCCGCUGCGGCUGCUGUUUGUUGGCAUCUUCACAAUUUGGCUCAACGCUCAGCUGUGCCAGGCAGCCCCCACUUUGGAGGCAGCUACGGCAGCAAAUGAAUCUGCCUGGCCACCCAUGCAACAUUACGAUAUCUGGAGCGACGAUUUGCAAGCUCAAACUGCUGACCAACAGCUGCAAAUGGAACUGGAGCUAAUCGACGAUCAGGACGUUGCGGAGCGCACAGAGUACGAACAAUUAUUGCUGCAGCAAUCAUACACUCUUGGCAACAAUCUCUCUUUCGCUGCCAAUUGGAGCGAUUCUGGGACAUAUCAAGAGCUCAAUGCCAACGGCAAUCGCAAUCCCAAAGUUAUUCAUUUAUUUGCCGUGCCGGUGGAUGGGGAGUGCCUAUCGAGUGAUGGUCGACGAUUGGGUAAUUGCUUAAAUGCGUACGAAUGCCGGCAGAAGGGUGGACAGGCCAAGGGCGAGUGUUCGAUGAGCUUUGGCGUCUGCUGCGUGUUUGUGGCCAGUUGCAAUGGAACUAUCAACAACAAUCUGACGUAUAUUGUCUCGCCAGAGUUUCCCAGUUUCAUGCCAAGCAACUUCACUGGCUGCCAGCUGAAGGUAAAAAUUAUGAGCCCAGAGAUUAGUCAGCUACGCCUUGAUCUCAAUCAUUUCUCGCUGGGCCAGCCCAAUCGACGCACGGGGGUCUGCGAUGGAGAUGUCUUCAAUAUCAGCGGCGGCCCCAGUGGACCCCUAACGCUUUGUGGCCAAAAUAAUGGACAACACUUGUACUACGAUGUGGGUGCCCGAUCUUUGCCGCGUCAAUCAACGUUGUAUGGAACUCUUCGACAGCCAGCUAAUGCCAACAUUAGUGAAGUGAAUGCCAGCGACAUCGAACAGCUCAUUGAGAUCAAUAUAAACGUGAGCUCACGUUUUCUGCCCAUUCGAUUGUGGGAGAUUCGGGUAACGCAAAUACCCUUCAGUCAGCGUGCUCCGGCUGGAUGUUUACAAUAUCAUACUGGCGCAGAAGGUAUUAUGCAGACCUUCAAUUUUGCCGACAAUGGAAGGCAUUUGGCCAAUCAGCAUUAUCGGAUCUGUGUGCGCCAAGAGUCCGACAUGUGCUCGAUAAUAUAUCAGCCCUGCGAUGAGCAAUCCUUUCGCAUUGGUGGCGGCGGUAGUGGUGGAUCGUUUAUGUCCAUAAUGAACAUGGCGGCCAGCAUGGCUAGCACCCCAUCAACCGCUGCACUGGCGGAGAUGGCAUCCAUGACAACGACGACAGCAACGACAGCUACCAGCGCCACAACAGCAAGCAGCGCAGCUACGACUACCACGAAGCCGAAUGUAGCGCAAGUUCUGAGCAAUUUGGUCAAUUGUUCCACAACUGCAGCGCCAAUGUCAAGCAAUGCUAGCAGCACAACAGCAGCUACGGGAGCUGCUGCCGGUGGUAAUAGCAGCACGGCAGCAAUGACAACAUCAAUGCCUUUACGUUCAAGCAUUAUGCCAGCUAUGGACGAGAGCACGGCUGCGAGUGAAACGCCGUCAUCGUCAGCCUCACCCUCAACCUCACCGGCUAACGACGAUGCCGAGGGCUCGGGUGACGAUGACAAUUUCUUCUUCUUCUCCAAAGGGGACGAUGGCAUCAAUGUCGGGACUACAUCACAGCCCGGCGUCUCAAGGCGUCCAAGGCCAGUGAGUGGCGCCAGUCCGUCGGGUGGCUUUGAUCUGUUGGGAUUCUUGCGUAGUGCUCUUGACUUGCGCCUGAGGCAUCUACAGCAACGCCGCCAUCGUCAGUCGCGCCAAUUCUUUAGCACUUGCACGGAUCGCAUAACAAUGCCCUGCAUCAUUGAGGAUUUCAUUGGCACGGGCUUCGGUCCAUUACCGGGCUGUGAGCCGGUUCACUGCGGCGCGCAGUUUUGCUCCUCAGGCAUUUGGCCCUGUCGCAUAGAGAGCACAGUCACUCCAUUCUACAUAGGAGUCCACUUUGGCGACGGAGGCGCCGCUGGCAAAGGAAGUGCAGAGGAUAACAUCGGCGCCUGUCUGCGAUACAACCAGGUGCAGUGUAUCUAACCUGCGAUUCCUCUCAUGCUUAAAUUUAGAAAAUGUACAUAUAUUGUGUGAACACUAUCGAACCUAUUAUACAUGCUUGCUCUUGUUAUAUAAAUAUAAUUAAAUGUUGCCGUGGAUCAA